AUGAUUGAGUCCAAUCUAAUCGGCGGCGGCGGCGGCGACGACUCCAUCGACGCCGCCAGCGAUAUCGUCGCUGUCUCGCCGUCGGCCAACUCCUACUCUAUACCGUCGAUCGCCAGUUUCCACGACUCGUAUUCGUAUUCGUGCGGUUCGCCAUCAAAUGAUACCGAUUCGAUGGACACGACAUCGACAUUUGCGACGACCAUAACAAACAAAUCCAAUAAUAAUAAUAAAACAGUUGUCUGUUUGUCGACGACGACUGAUGAGUCGGUCCAAAGUGGCCGAACAACGACUGGCCAGACAAAGAAAAGCCGUAAACGACGUACAAACAAGACGUCAACGAAAGAUCAGUUGCUAUCGAUUGGCGACAGUAUGACAGCCAUCGCCGCCGCUCCGCCAGUGGUCCGCAAAAGACGACUGGCCGCCAAUGCCCGUGAAAGGAAACGUAUGCUAUCGUUGAACGUUGCCUUCGAUAAGCUCCGGGAGGUCGUACCAUCAAUCGGCGGUGACUCCAAACUAUCCAAAUACGAAACCUUACAGAUGGCUCAGCAUUAUAUUAUGGCACUCAAUGAGCUAUUGAUGAACGCCUGA